UAGUCGUGUUCGUUAUGGCGGCCCUCGUCAGGAUAAGUUCAGUUUGCCAUAGAGGUGUCAAACCUCUAUUACUCCGCAGCACUACGCUCGCCAGACCUUUGGCUGGCCUGAUAAAGGACCAUGAUCGCUCUUGUGUCAUCACUGCAAAGAUACAUGCAACGCCAUCUAACUAUGCUGGCUCUGGGUCUAAAGCCGCUUCUCUUCACUGGACUUCAGAGCGUGUCCUGAGCAUUAUUCUGCUGGGUAUGGCGCCUGUUGCCUACUAUUACCCAGGUCCAGCUAUAGACUACUCUUUAGCAGCAGCCCUCACUCUGCAUGGCCACUGGGGACUUGGUCAAGUGCUAACAGAUUAUGUUCACGGUGACUUAAAAAUCAAGUUGGCCAAUGCAAGUCUGUUCGUGUUGUCAGCCUUCACUUUUGCAGGUCUCUGCUACUUCAACUACAGUGAUGUGGGAAUUUGCAAAGCUGUGGCCCUUUUGUGGAGUAAAUAAAUGAACUGAGGCGAGGGGUUGGGACAAAGGGUUUGGCUUUGUCAAUGGAGCAUUUGUCACCGCGUUCCAGAUGAAUUUGAAUUUGUGGGACUAUGUGUAAAUUCUAUAAAUAUAAUAUUUUUGACAAUAUUGCAUUGGAAUUAUUCUUGAUUUGUCUGGAACAUGCUUUUGUUUUUUCCUCUGCUUAAGUUAUGAAAGCUCCUGUAUGUUGUUCACCAUCUGUUAUGACAGUAAAACUGUGUCUCUGUAACCAUAGGGGCUACGAAGUAUCUAGUAUUUCAAAACAGGUAUGUCUGUGACUUAGCAGAAACAUGUCUGUCAUGUUAUUCAUGGUGACCUUCCAAGAAGAAACAACACAGUUUCUGGUUGUGUCUAUCCAUGCAGUGUAGAACAUUUGUUGUCCAUAUGUCAAGUGAUGUUUCAAACGCACAGAGAAGCCCUUAAGAUGUCUUAGUUAACAGGCUUCUGUUAUGUUCCUUUUUAAAAAGCCUGCAAUAUUAAUUUAAUUAAAAUCUGCAGAUGCACAGAUGGUUUGAUCAGCCACUUUUUUUUUUUUUUUGGCUGGUCGUGAUUCAGAGUUGGCUUUUGCUGUACUAUGAGUUCACAAAUGUAAAAGCUCUCUUUCCAAAUUCAGCAGGUUGUAAAUGCCACCUUUUACCCCUAAGAGAACGUGAGCUAUGUGACAACCUCUUGACCCUUUAGUCCACCUUGACUGGCAGCAGCAGUUGGGAGAAUCACCACGUUAAGUGUUUAAAAUUCAGACCGCAACUUUGCAUGGCUUCAUUUCUCUUCCAAAUCAAAUCUGUCUUGACAGUCUGUGAUUUAUCUGUAAUCUCUGGAUAUUGCUUGGAUAUUCUGAGCACUGCACAUUUCAGUCACCGUAAUUUAAUCCUCAACAGGCUUACAUUUACAAAAUUAUUUGCUUUAUCAGAAUAAUUUGUGACUCAGAUGCAAACCAGAUUUAAGCAACGUAUUGAGUAGUGGUUAAAAGCUUUAUCAUUAUAAUUUUUUUAGCAUUUUAAUAAACAUCAACUGAAUCCAGUAAGCGUAUUUUGUUGGAGCAAUAACAAAUGUGAUCCUUGUCCUCUAACUAUGCAUGUGUGUAGGCACAGACAAAAUCACAACCAACUGUGUUUGUCUAGAUGUAAUCGUAUGAAGUAUUUUUGUAAGCUCUGAGUUCCAUAAACGUAUGCUCACUUCUUUUUUCUUUUUCUUUUGUUUUUUUUUUGCACACACACAUACUUUAUCCAAAGUCAGUCAGUUUUAGAGUGAAGUGAACCUUAUUGUUUAUGUGGUUUGCUGUUAGGGAAGUAAGCCCUGUGCUACUGUAUUAAGAAGCAGAUUACCAGUGAGACAAUGCACUACCAUGUUUCCCUGCUAGGAAUUAAAGAGACUCUGUGGUUGUUGGCAGUCUGGAGGAGCUCUCUAAACAUUCCGGAGAAACAAGAAAGAAAAGAAGGCACACUCCUUGUGCUCUGAAUCAUUUUCACAGUAAAGAAACAGAUUUGAUAGCUGAGGUUUUACUAAGAUUGUAUCCUGAACUAUUUUAAUAUGUACAGUACGUAUGCAGCAUUGUCACAAGGUACUGUAAUCAGACAUGCACUUUGACUUGUAGA